CUCUGAAAAUGAUGAUAAAUAGCAGGUCCUGGCUGUUUUUUCAAAGUCAAUGAGUUCGAUUUUUAAAGGUGUCGACAGAGUUUGAUACCACAGGGUCCAUCCAUUUUAUGCUUAAUUUUGUAGGCCACGAACUUUUCCCUUCAAAGUUAGCCCGGCCCUGUUGAUCUUUUUCGGCAACCACCUGACCCGGAACUCAAACUUCAGAAGCCUACAAAAUGGCUGCAAGUGAGAAACGUUCACCAUCGGCGGAGCGCGAUAAGCACACCGUCAAUCACGUCGACAGCGUUCUCCAGGACGAGAAGCCCAUCCCGCAGGAUGAGGAGAACCGUGACUGGACAGGGUCCGCGAAGAAGACUGAUCCUGAAGAGAUCAGACUUGUACGGAAGCUGGAUUGGCGGAUAAUGCCGACACUCUGCGUCAUGUAUUUCUUGAACUACGUCGAUCGAAAUGCCAUCGCUCAGGCUCGACUCAAUAACUUGGAAGACGAUCUGGGCAUGUCCGGCACGCAGUUUAACACCGCGGUUUCGAUUCUCUUCGUCGGUUACGUCCUCAUGCAGAUCCCUUCAAAUAUGUUGAUCACCAAAAUCCAGCCGGGCCUGUACAUGAGCGCUUGGAUGCUGGUUUGGGCUGUGGUCUCUGGUUGCACGGCGCUAGUUCAAAACUACGCAGGUCUCGUCGUAUGCAGAUUCUUCUUGGGUAUCACUGAAGCUCCUUUCUAUCCUGGCGCCACUUACAUGCUUUCAAUAUUCUAUACCCGCAAAGAGGUCGCCUCCCGCAUUGCUGUUCUCUACUGCGCCCAGAUCCUCGCCACCGGCCUCUCCUCUCUCAUUGCUGCCGGCAUCUUCGCCGGCAUGGACGGUCUUAGCGGCAUCUCUGGCUGGCGCUGGCUGUUCAUCGUCGAAGGAGCUGUCACGGGCUUUGUCGCCAUCUUCGGCUUCUGGCUCCUCCCUAAUACGCCGCUGACGACGCGUUGGCUGAACGAACGUGAGCGCGAGCUCGCCCACUCCCGCAUGGAGAAGGACAAGCUGUCCGACUCGGACGAGAACAAGGCCUCGGCCAUGGACGGCCUCAAGCAGGCCGUCCGCGACAAGCGCACUUGGUUGUUCUGUUUGAUGCAGAACUUUCAUCUCAGCGCUUGCUCGUUCAACUCCUUCUUCCCCACUGUUGUCAAAACCCUUGGCUUCAACACUACAGUCACUCUCGUGAUGACUUGCCCGCCCUUCAUCUUUGCGGGCGCUGCCGGCAUCUUCUUCGGUUGGAGCUCCGGAAGGCUCCACGAGAGGACAUGGCACAUCACCACCGGAUUGGGAAUCGCUGUCGUCGGUUUUGUCUUGGCUUCUGCGACACUCAACACAGCGGCUAGAUACGUCGCCUGCUUCAUCUUCGCCAUGGGCGCCUACUCUGUGAACAGCGUAAUCAUUGGCUGGGCCUCGUCAACUCUUUCGCAGACCAAGGAAAAGAAGGCAGUCGUUCUCGCCAUGACGAAUGUCGGAGGACAGAUUGGCUACAUCUACGGCGCAUACCUGUGGCCCAGUACCGACUCACCCCGGUACGCCAUUGGGUUUGGUGCUUCGGCCGGCUUCUCGCUGCUCUCUAUCUGCUGCGCGUGGUGGAUCCGUAUCCUGCUGGUCAGGGAGAACAGAAGGAUCCGGGCUUCCACCUCGGAACAAGUGAACUUGUACGGAUACUAAAAGGUUGGAUGAAUGUUGUGGGUUUUCUGAGUGGUACUUGAAGUCCCGCAAAAGACGAGAAAUCAAGUCUCAAAUAUGCAGAGAGAAGUUUGAUUAGAUUGUCUGCAGUCCCAAACUUCCCCAAGAGAGGCACGGGUGUUGGAUAUUGAUACCAUUUAGUGUGAGGAUGCAGGUGGAUGAACCUUUUUCUUUCUGGGUGAUAACUCAGAUACCCCAAUGAACCUUUUCUCUU